AUGACCUCGACACCCAAUCGCUCAUCGGCUCUGCAUGGCGCGCGCAUCAAUGGCUUCAGCAAUGGCUCCAGCACUCGGACUCACAGCAUGACCAGAGAUGCCACAAAUCACAGCGGCCUGGCCGCGGCCUCUGCCGCCGAUGAGCAGGAUCACGAGGACCCCAUCCAUACCCUUCUCAAAUCUCGUUGGGCAGAGACCGAGUCCAGCAUCGCUAAGCUGUUUGGAUCCGAUGGCUCAUCGAGGCGCGCGUCCAGAAACCCCGUCGACAAUAAUACUACCACCGCCGAAAGCGGCCUUGCAUCGGAGGAGCCCGCCAAGACCAACUCCGUCCCGCCCAAGAAAGCUGCCCGCCAGAUCGACGAUGAUUAUGGGGACGAUGAUGAUGAAGAAGAUGAAGAUGAAGCUGACAAACAAAGUCCACUCAAGACGAAAGGGAAAGCAUCACUCCCGAAUGGCAUUUCGCCCCACCACAUCCGCACUCCUGCUCCAGCAGUGAAGCCACCCAUCGUACGCACAACCACCUCCGCGGCAUCCGAGCAAGCAAAGAGCAGUGAAGAUGUGCGAAAGCAGUUGGAACAGGACAAGAAGGAGGCCGCGGCUGCAGCCAAGUACAGCUUCCAGAGCAUGUUCUAUACUCUCGAGAACGACAGGGACGCGAUGCUGGAGCAGCAGAAGCUGGACGAACUCGAUCGCGAAGUGGAGAAUGAGAUAUCAGGAGGCCCCAAUGGCGCUGGCAACGCAACUCCUGCUGCAUCUGGGGCAGUGGCGACCGCCAAUGGAACGCAAGGGACACUGGGCAGUGCGGACCUGGGCGCGUCAAGCUUGACUCUCAAGCAUCUUAUCGCGCGGAUAGAUGCAAAGCGCGACAUGGUCAGGGCAUCCGACAAUCAGCUUCGAACACUCAUCUCAGAAGUUAGGAAAGGCCGCAGCAAGUGGGCAAGCGAGGAUCGUGUUGGACAAGAAGAACUUUAUGAAGCUGCUGAGAAGGUCCUCAUGGAGCUCAAGGCCAUGGCCGAGUACGCUCAGCCCUUUCUGCAGCGUGUCAGCAAGCGAGAAGCGCCGGACUAUUUCAACGUGAUCAAAACGCCCAUGGAUAUCGGCACAAUGAUUAAGAAGCUGAAAUCCCUGGGGUAUAAGAGCAAGAAGGAGUUCGUGGAUGAUCUCAGUUUGAUUUGGGCGAAUUGCUUGAAAUAUAACCAGGACCCUAAUCAUCCACUGCGGAAGAAGGCGCUGUACAUGCGAAAGGAAACUGACAAGCUUACGCCGCUCAUUCCCGACAUCGUCGUUCGCGAUCGUGCAGAGGUAGAGGCUGAGGAGCGUCGCCUGCAUUCCGCCGAUGCAGAUGAUAGCGAUGAUGACGAUGCGCCUAUCAUGGCAUCGAGGGGGCGAAAGGCGCCCAAGAAAGGAGCACCGACAUCUGCUCGCAAAGCUCCUCCAGUCGCCGUGGAAGACACGUCAACACCUCAGCCAGAGGACCGCAAGCCGCCAAUGCACCCAUCCGCAUCCAACCUGCGCAACGACUUUUUACGUGCGGAUUCGGAGACACAGGACAUCAGCUCGGCUGGCUUUAAUACUCCGCCGCCUGGCUCCGCAACGCCGCUUCCGAAUGGAAUUCAUGGGAGUGGUGUAGCGGGAAGUCAAGUCGAUGUAAUGGAGGUAGAUGGCUUGGGUCACUCGGUUGUUAGCGCACCCCAAGAUGAUCCGGAUGAGGACGACACGGAGUUUAAAACUUGGAAGCAAGUGACGAAGAAGGAUCGUGCAAUCGCGGCAGCAGAACGACACCGGCUCUUUCGUGGCGAACACCUGAAUCCGGAUGAGCCUGCUCUACUCCGGAGUAAGGCGAUGAUGCGGAGAUGGGCACGGCAGCAGAAAAUGAUUCAAGAGAAGCCAUCAAUUGAUGGUGAUGCACAAGACGAUGCCGGCGAGAGUGGAUCUGCUGCCGGUGGUGAGACACUCGCAGAGGGCAUCGCUGAGGAUGAAGACUCCACCUUACCGGACUACUACAAUCCUCUAUCCGCCAUUCCUGAUUUGGAUCCUCGAUGGAACUGGACGACAGACUCUCAAGGCCACACGAUAUCGCAAAACGACGCGUAUAUGCGCUUGUAUCCGAAAGAUCUGUACAAGGCGCCCGAAGGCAGCUUGAACAGGAAGUUUCAAGAAAAUGUCCGGCAAAUGCAAGAGACUCGUAAGGUUUGCGCGAAAAUUGGCAUCGUCAAGCAGAUGCAGAUACAAGCACAGGUAAGAUGCUAACGUCUCGAUUUCACCCGUGGCUUUCGCUGACUUGCCAAAGACAUACCAGAAUCAAUUCCAGAAGUAUGAGCCGCAGCCUUUUGAGGAACAAGACGUGGAGACUACUGUCGUCUCCGAGGACGGACCGCUCAUGGCUCCUUGGGUGAACCGCGCUGCCUUGCAGCGAUCAGUGGGCAAAAUCUUCUACCACGCUGGAUUUGAGGACUACCAACCUUCUGCCUUGGACUCUGUGACCGACGUGGCGAUUGAGUAUAUGACGAAGAUUGGACAGGGUCUGAAGCUCUUCAACGAGCAGCCUGCCACGACUGCGGAAGCGUCACGAUUCACUGUUGAGGAGCAAGUGCUUCAUACCCUCGAUGAAGCUGGUCUUGACAUUGAGGGGCUGGACACAUAUAUACGUGACGACGUUGAACGGCUGAGUACUAAGCUCACCGUUAUGCAUGACCGCAUGAAGUCGCACUUGGCAGAUCUGCUGGUAAGUUGCCCAUAUGAAAUGCAAACGAAUUUGGCUAACAGAUCUGAAGCGCCCUGCCUUGGGCGAUCACGCUGGUGCGGAUGGCGCUGGCGCGUUCAACGAUGGCAGCGAACAAUUCGUUGGCGGCGACUUUGCAGAAGAUCUGGAUGAGGAUUUCUUUGGAUUCCGCGAGCUUGGCCUUGCUGCCGAGCUCGGUCUGGAGACACUUUCGGUUCCUCUCCAUCUUCUCCAAAACCGUAUGCACAGUGCGUACCAGGCACAGAACCAAGGACCCAUUACCAGUGGCGGGCUAAUCCUGGAUCCGCCUGCCGCGUACGAAGCGGUUACGACUGAGAAUCUGGGUAGCCAAAUCGGUCUGGUGCAGGACUUCUUCCGCAACAAGCUUCGUGCGAACCGAGAUGAACCGCUUGUAGAAGACGAGGAUCUACCUCAGAAACAACGGUUCCCAAAGCCUCGGUUACCGCCAAACGGCAAGAUUUCUUCGCCGCGCAAGAGGCCGCUGCGGGAACAGCAGCAGAUGGCCAAGAAACGACGUAGGCUCGAAGAAAGCGGAGAAAAAGCGAAACUCACCAACCCAGUCGGAAAACUGCAACUGCAACCGCCAGACUCUCGGGAGAACGGAGUUGAUCCGGAGAAGGACGGAGAGCAUAACGGAGCGCCGAUGAGUCCUGAAAGCAUUAAUGGCAACUAG